CAUACACCACCAAGACAGACGGACUUGCGAUUUGCGAUUGGAGCUGAAGGAAUGGCCUUGAGAUAUCAGCAAGCUUUUGACAGCCUGGUGAUCUCCAUUGCCGGCCGCGCUCAGCCGGAACGACAGCCGUUGACGGUAGCCGACAUCGGAAGCGACAUUGAUGCCUGGAAGGAAGCGAUUGCAGCGAAGGAUAACAGGGCUGUGAUAAGCACGGUUGCAAGCUUCGCUAUCUAUUCAGCUGUCGCGCAAGUCGACAAUAUCGAUGCCGCGCUCGGUGCUAUAUACACUAUUCUGGACAUCACGUUGGUGUGCUCAGAGAAAGACCUCUGCGGCAGGGAUACAGCUUUCGGCCUGAUUGAGGAGCUGGUGGAUUCUCAAACGAUCGAAGGAUGUUCGAAGAUCUUUGAUUAUCUGGAGUCGCGGAAGGAGCGGUUGGCAAAGGACCUGACUGGUAACAGAGGAGCUGGCAUGAUCCUGCUUCGAUUCAGCAACGAGCUCCUGCGUCGGCUCUCGAAAGCAGAGGAUACCGUUUUCUGUGGUCGUGUUACUAUCUUUCUGGCAAGAGUAUUCCCGCUGGUGGAUCGAAGUGGUGUGAACUUGCGUGGAGACUACAAUGUCGGCAAUGUCACGCUCAUUGACAACGACAACGAACGUGAGGCAGCCAUGAACAUUGAUGAUGCGAAGCCGGAUGUGCCAGCCGUGGAGGAUGGGUCUGAAGAAGAACGAAAAGUGCUUGACGAGUUUUAUCCCAUCUUCUGGUCUCUACAAGAACGAUUCUCCAACCCCCCAUCGUUAUACAAGAGUGAGGACCUUGCUGCAUUCGAAGUGUCUCUAGGAAGAACACUCGCGAAACUACGGGAGAUCGAGGAUGCACAGCGCAAGCUCAGGGGAGACACCGGGACGAAGAGUGACAGGAAGGAUUCUGGUUCUUCAGAGCGCAGUGAAGGAGGCAUGUUCAAUCCGAAGUUCUUGAGCAGUCGAAAGUUGUUGAAACUGGAGCUGGAAGAUUCCUCGUUCAGACGGCAUAUCCUCGUACAGACCCUGAUACUCCUCGACCACUUCCUCAGUCUCUCACCAGAAGCCAAAGCGAAACUGACGGCUCUGAAGACCCCGAACAAGUCAGUUCUUCCGACCUUUACUCCAUCGGAAGAGGAACUGGCAUGGAUGAAGGACAUGCGUAAAGAAGCCGCAGAUAUUAUCAAAAGAUCAUCUCCAAAUGGCGAAGGAUUUCUGGCUGAUUUGGAGGGCAUCAUGGACCGCGACAAGAAUUGGCUCAAUUGGAAGCUUGACAGCUGUUAUGCUUUUGGCGAAUCCCCUAUACCUUCGGAAACCAUCGCAGAUGCUUCAACUAAGCUCAAGAAAUCUACUGAGGGGUUGCGGCCGUAUAUGCAUUCCCUGGGCACUCCGACACUUACGAAGCUGUGGAAGACUGGUAGUGGCUUCACCCUCGAAGACCUCAGCCAACCCAAGAGACAUACAGUCCCAGAAGCCGAAUCAUUCAUCAAGGGCAUCGAGAUGGACAAGUUCGAGUCGGAGAUGGCGACGCAGGAUGAGGAGAAGAUGCAGUUAUUGGAAGCAAAGGCAAGUAAGAACUGGAGAGCGCUGCGUAUCGCGGCAAAGACAAAGUUGCAGUAUUUCGAUAAGAUUGGGGAGGGGAAUGUUGAGAUGAUUGAGGAGGCGAUAAAAAAGCAAGCUGAGCUUGAUGAGCCUGCUAAGGAUGGAGGAGCAGGAGAAGAAGCUAAGAAAAAGGUUGAGGACGAGAAGGCUGAUACAGCUAUGUUGGAAGUCAAGGCGGAGGUUAUCGCGGGAGAAAACACUUCGACUGAGUCUGCCACGAGUGUUGUGCAGUCAUUAUCCGAAAAACCGGACGCUCAAGCGAUGGGAGGAGUGGAGAGCGACGUGCACGGGGUGAAGCGGAGUUUGGACGAAAAUCAGGACGACGAGACGCACAAGAAAGCGAAGAUGGAGAUUGAUUAGAUAUUGGCCAUCGGAUCUUCAUAUACGUAUACAUUGACCACUGGCGAUGUAUGUUCGCACCAUGCCUGU